AUGGCAUCUUUCUUUUCUGAUUUUGGUCUCAUGUGGUACUUGGAAGAGCUAAACAAGAAGGAGUUCGUGAAGUUUAAGGAGUUCCUCAAACAGGAGAUUCUGCAGUUGGAUCUGAAACAGAUUUCUUGGACCAAAGUAAAGAAGGCGUCUCGGGAAGAGCUUGCCAACUUACUGGUGAAACAUUAUAAGGAGAAGCAAGCCUGGGAGGUGACCUUCCAAAUCUUCCAGAAGAUGAACAGGAAGGACCUCAGUGAGAAGGCAGCAAGGGAGAUUGCUGGUGAGUUGGCCAAAGCUUCUCUUGCGCUCACUGACUCAGGACACCCAAAGGUAUAUCAAGCUCAUUUGAAGAAGAAGCUUACCCAUGAUUGGUCCAGACAUUUCAGCACCAAAACUGAAGAGUUUUCUAUGCAGAAAUCAACCCAGGAUGGCUGUGAUUUUGUGGAAUUUAUUGAGUCAGAUGCUACUAGCAGGAAGCCACAAAUGGUGUUCCUGCAAGGAGUGGCGGGGGUUGGCAAGACAUGGAUGUUGACAAAGCUGAUGCUGGCUUGGUCAGUCGGCCUGGUGUUUCAGAACAAAUUCUCCUACAUCUUCUACUUCUGCUGUCAGGACUUGAACCAGUUGGAGACAGUGAGCCUGGCCGAACUGAUCUCAAGAGAGUGGCCCAGCCCCUCGGCUCCCACAGUGGAGAUAUGAUCCCAGCCCGAGAGACUCUUAUUUAUUAUCAACAGCCUAGAAGUGAUGAGGUGCAAUUUGACGGAACGGGAGUCAGAGCUAUGUGACAACUGGUCAGAAAAGCAGCCGGUAAAUAUACUGCUGAGCAGUUUGCUCAAGAGGAAGCUCCUCCCAGAAUGCUUUGUCUUCGUCGCAGCUACCCCGGAGACUUUUGAGAAAAUGGAGGGCAAGAUUGAAUGCACGUACAGAAAAAUAAUGACGGGAUUCAGUGAGAACUAUAUUAAGAUGUAUUUCCAUAGCUUGUUCCAAGACAAAAGCAGAACCCAGGAGGCCUUCAGCUCGGUGAGAGAAAAUGAGCAGCUGUUCGCUCUGUGUCAGGUCCUCCUGCUCUGCUGGAUGGUGGCCACUUGUGUGAAGAACGAAAUAGAAAAGGGAAGAGACCCGGUGGCCACCUGCAGACGUGCCACCUCCCUGUAUUCCACUCAUGUCCUGAAUUUGUUCACUCCCCAAAGCACCCAUUAUCCGAGUAAGAAAAGCCAAGAACAGUUAUGGGGCUUGUGUUCCCUGGCCGCGGAGGGCGUGUGGACUGACACCUUUGCGUUUAGUGAGGAGGCUCUCGUGAGAAAUGGGCUCGUCAGGUCUGACAUCCCCACACUGCUGGACAUGAGGAUACUUCUAAAGAGCAAGGAAUCUGAAAACUCUUACAGGUUCCUCCACCCGAACGUCCAGGAGUUCUGUGCCGCCAUCUUUUAUCUGCUGAGGAACCCUGAGGGCCACCCUUGUCAGGACGUUAAAAGUUUAGAGACGCUCAUGUUUACGUUCCUAAAGAAAGUCAAAACACAAUGGAUUUUUUUGGGUGGUUUCAUCUUUGGCCUUUCGCAGGAGUCAGAACAAGAAAAGCUGGAGGCGUUUUUUGGCCACCAGCUGUCCCAGGAAAUAAAGUGUCAGCUGUCUCAGUGCCUGGCAGCGUUACAUGGUGAUAGAGAGUUUCAAGAGCAAAUAGAUGGCAUGAAGUUGUUUUACUGUCUGUUUGAGAUGGAGGACGAAGGCUUCUUAGUGCAAGCUAUGAACUGUGUGGAACAGCUUAACUUUGUGGCUAAGAAUUGUUCUGAUUUUAUUGUUGCUGCCUACUGCUUAAAACACUGUUCUACGCUGAAGAAACUGUCCUUUUCAACCCACAUUGUCUUGCUUGGACUACAAGAAGAAAGUGAUUUGGAAAAGCUACUCGUCAAUUGGCACUGUAUAUGCUCUGUGUUCUUAAACAGUAAGGACAUCCGGCUACUCCAAGUGAAAGAAAGUAAUUUCAGUAAACACGCCUUUGUGGUCUUGUAUAGUUACCUGAGGUACCCCGGCUGCACCCUUCAAGCACUUGAGGCAAAUAACAUAAUCCUAUCUGAUGACCACCUGUUGUUUGAGUUGUUGGUAAAUCAGAGCCACAAUUUGCAACACUUGAACCUCAGCUUCACAAAUCUCAUUCAGACUAGUGUGAAAAUGUUGUGUGACGUCUUGAGCCAGGCCGAGUGCAACAUAAAAAUGCUGGUGUAA